AUGCCUGCUGCCUCCAUCAAUCAGAAUCACCGUUUUCCUGAUGUCCCUGCCUCAUCACCUUUCUACAAUUCCUUUUGGGACAUCAAACUUCAGGUAUGCCGGUUUGGGGCUGAUAUUACCAGGCCUUUUUGGAGCUAUGCACUCAGCCAUGAGAGGCUGGCUUCAGCGUCCUUCGCUGCCGGGGGUGGGGGUGGGGGUUGGUUGGAUCCCAAUGAAACCAACAAAAUAGCCAAUGCAAACUCACGUCAACAGAUUCGAAAGUUGAUCAAAAAUGGGCUGAUAAUCCGGAAGCCUGUGACUGUCCAUUCUUGGGCUCUAUGCCGGAAAAGUACUUUGGCAAGCUGCAAGGGUCGGCAUAUGGGCAUAGGUAAGCACAAAGGUACGGCCAAUGCCAGAAUGCCGGAGAAGGCGACCUGGAUGAGGAGGAUGAGGAUUCUGUGCCGGCUGCUCAGGAGAUACAGGGAAUCUAAGAAGAUUGACCGCCACAUGUAUCACAGCUUAUACCUAAAAGUGAAGGGAAACAUGUUCAAAAACAAGAGAAUUCUCAUGGAGCAUAUCCACAAGCUGAAGGCAGACAAGGCCCACAAGAAGCUCCUUGCUGACCAGGCUGAGGCCGGCAGGUCCAAGACCAAGGAAGCACGCAAGCGCCAUGAGGAGUGUCUCCAGGCAAAGAAGGAGGAAAUCAUCAAGACUCUGUCCAAGGAGGAGGAGACCAAGAAAUGAACAGCUCAAGGAAAAAGACAACUUUUCUUGUCUGUACAUAGUGGCUUCAUUGCUAUUGAUCAUUGGAUUAAACACGACUUUGCCUUUGAAAAAAAA